UUUUUUUCAAUAGGAUAUAUUUGAUUUUAUUGUACUUGAAGCACCUGAUACCAGUAUCAGUAAUUGUUUUGAUUUUGAAAUACAAUGAGUAAAAGCCAAUGGAUGAAGAAUCAUUCAUUGAGGAAAUGACCAACUUCACUCAAAUGGAACCUCCUAAGGAAAGUCAGUCCACAUAUUUGGAACAAAGAAAGUUCCUUGAUUUGGCUAACAUGCAAGAUGAUGAACUGAUGACUCCAGUGCUAUCAAAGGGAAAACCUACCUUCCAGUCCAGCAUCUUCAGUCCCACUGCAUCUCCUGAAAGAGCUGUGGAUGGGUCUCUACUAGAUGAUUUUGAAAGAGGCACUUGUAUUCAGACACAAGAAGAGAUUAAUCCCUGGUGGAUGGUAGAUUUGGGAUGUACACAAACAGUGAAAUCUGUGGCAAUCACUCCUCGACAAGAUUGUUGUACUGAAGAAUUACAUGGAGCACUGAUCCUGGUGGGGGAUUCCCCUGACACUGGUGGCAUUUUCAAUGCCAGGUGUGCAGUCAUCAAUUCCUUGAGUCAAGGAAAAACAGAAUUUUUCAAAUGUGAGACAAUGCAAGGAAGAUAUGUGAGUGUUGUCAACCCAAAGAGAAGAACAUUUCUAUCUUUCUGUGAAGUACGAGUCUUUGGAAAAGCAUCAGAUUCAAUCUCUUCUAGUAUCGCAACAUCCAGUCCAGAAUCUCAGCCUUUUUUACCCAAGGCUUAUGAUCAAGAGAGCAGAGAGUUACCAGGUCCAGAAUUGUCAAAACAAAGACCAACCUCUCAGUCCAGUGUCUUCAUUCCUUCUCAGUUUCCUGAGAAACCUAUGGAUGGUUCUAUUCAAAGUGGCCACUGUGUUCAAACACUACAAGAGACUGACCCUUGGUGGAUGGUUGAUUUGGGUUCAACACAAACUAUAGGAUCUGUGUCAAUCACCAAUCGAAAAGAUUGCUGUCAGGAACAAAUCAAAGGAACCAUGAUUUUGGUGGGAGACUCACCUUAUCAGGGCGGAAAGUUCAAUGCUAGAUGUGCAAGCAUUCCCUUCUUGGAUCUAGGGAUAAAACAUGUUGUCAGCUGUGAAGGAAUGAAAGGAAGAUAUGUUACAAUCAUACAUCCAGGGAGAGAAAAGGUUUUAUCAUUCUGUGAUGUGAAAGUCUUUGGAAAGAUCUGGAAUUCAGACAAGGUGUUCCCUGAUGAACUAGAGUUAAGCAGUCAUGAUUCUUCUUAUUCUUUAUAUAAUUUUGACCUCAUGGAGAACAACUUCGGUCCAGUGCUAUCAAAGGGAAAACCUGCCUUCCAGUCCAGCAUCUCCAAUCCCUUGGGGUCUCCUGAAAGAGCUGUAGAUGGAUCACUGCUAGCUGAUUUUGAAAAAGGCACUUGUAUUCAAACACAAAGAGAGGUUAAUCCUUGGUGGAUGGUAGAUUUGGGUUGUACACAAACUGUGAAAUCUGUGGCAAUCACUCCCCGAAAAGACUGUUGUACUGAAGAAUUACGUGGAGCACUGAUCCUGGUAGGGGACUCUCCUGAUGGUGGAGGAACUUUGAAUGCCAGAUGUGCAGUCAUUGGUUUCCUGGAUCGUGAAAAAACAGAGACUUUCAGAUGUGGACUGAUUCAUGGAAGAUAUGUGAGUGUUCUCAACCCAGGAAAAGAAAAAAUGAUAUCUCUAUGUGAAGUACGAGUCUUUGGAAAGGCAUCAAAAUUUCCCCCCCUUGAUAACCUGCCUAUCAGUCCUAAAUCUCUCCCUUCAUCACCUGGGACUGAUAAUGCCAUGGAUUCAGCUGUUCCAGUGGUAUCAAGGGGGAAACCAGCCUUCCAGUCCAGUGUCUACAGUGCUUUAGGAUCUCCUGAAAGAGCUGUAGAUGGAUCUUUACUUAGUGACUUUAACAAAGGUUCUUGUAUUCAAACUUACCCAGAGAAUGAUCCCUGGUGGAUGGUAGAUCUAGGUUCACCAUAUACUGUAGAUUCUGUAUCAAUUACAAGCCGAAGAGAUUGUUGCUCUGACCUCAUGAAUGGAGCCAUGAUCCUGAUUGGAGACUCCCAAUAUAUGAAUGGCAGGAUGAAUCCCAGGUGUGCUAUGGUUCCUGCCAUGAGGCCUGGAAAAACUGAGUCUUUCUCCUGUGGGUCAAUGAAGGGACGAUAUGUGACUAUCACCAUCCCUGGCAGAGGAAAGCUCUUAACUAUGUGUGAAGUACAAGUCUUUGGGAAAGCAUUUGAAGGCCCUGAGAAGCUACAAGCUGGUGACUCUGGGACACAGAUUUCCAAUUUAGUUCAAAUAUCGUUAAGGAGAAAACGAGUCUCCCAAUCCAGCAUCUUUGAUCCCUCCGGGUCUCCUGAAAGAGCUGUGGAUGGCUCUUUAGAAAGUGACUUUUGGAGAGGCUCUUGCAUCCAAACACACCAAGAAACGGGUCCCUGGUGGAUGAUAGAUUUGGAGUCAACACAACCUGUGGCCACUGUGGCAAUCACCAACCGAAGAGAUUGUUGCCAUGAGCAGAUCAAUGGAGCUGAAAUUCUGGUUGGAGACUCAUUUGAUAAAGGUGGCAAGUCAAAUCCCAGAUGUGCAAGAAUUUUUGCCUUGGGUCCUGGAAAGACCGAAUCUUUCAACUGUGGGUCUUUGAGGGGAAGAUAUGUGACUAUCACCAUUCCAGGAAGAGGAAAGUUAUUAACCUUUUGUGAAGUGCAAAUCCUUAGCGAAAUGACACAGUCUCUACCUGGUUCUCAUCCAUCACAUCAUAAUUUGCCACCCACUUCUAACAAAGAUAUAUCAAUGCCUUUUGUCAGUACUACCCCAACACCUGAUGGCAUCAAAAACUACAUCAGACCUUGUGCUCCACUACUGUCCCAAGGAAUGAAUGUUUUCCAGUCAAGCACCAGUAGCCUUUUGGGAUCUCCUGAGAGAGCCAUUGAUGGAUGCUUGGCAGGUAACUUCAGUAAAGGAUCUUGUAUUCAGACAUUAUCUGAGUAUGAACCCUGGUGGAUGGUAGACUUGGAUUCAUCCUAUCUUGUGGAUUAUGUUGCGAUUACCAACAGAAAGGACUGUUGUCAUGAACAGCUAAAUGGAGCUGUGAUUCUUGUUGGAGACUCGGGAAUCAGUGGUGGCAAAUUCAAUCCCAGAUGUGCUACAAUUUCCUCUUUGGAUGCUGGGAAAACAGAGACUUUCUUCUGUGGGUCAAUGAAUGGAAGAUAUGUGACUGUCAGCAUACCAGGAAAAAAUACAUUUCUAACUUUCUGUGAAGUGCAAGUCUUUGGUAAACUGGCUCCUUCUCUUCCUCAUGUCUUGCCAAAAUCCCCAACUGACAUUCACAAACCCAUUGGUGUCAAUAUAGCACUAGGGAAAUUUACCUACCAGUCCAGCACUUUCCACUCCACUGGCUUAUCUGGCAAAGCUGUUGAUGGGAAUGAAGACAGUGAUUUCUACAAAAAUUCUUGUACUCACACAAAUAAGGAUUUUGAACCCUGGUGGAUGGUAGACCUAACUUCAAAAUUCAUUGUUGAUAAUGUCACGGUCAUCCCUAGAGGAGAUCGUUGUGUGGGAACGAUGGCAAAAUAUGAAAUUACGAUAGGAGAUUCAAAAGAAAAUGGUGGCAAAUCAAAUCCCAGGUGUGGAGAUAAAGUCAAUAUAAGUCCAGGGGAGAAACAUAUUUUUAAAUGUUAUGGAAUGCAAGGACGUUUUAUAACUGUUACCAUGCCAAAAGUUAAAGAGUUUCUCAGCCUUUGUGAAGUAGAAGUGUUUGGUGAGCAACUCAUCAACUCUGUUCCAAGCCUGAACCAUAUCAGCCUGAGUCAGUUCUUACCCAUCUAGAACAGUAUGGUAAUAUAUGCUUUUUAUCUUACUCCUAAUCCUGAGCCUGAUCUUUAUGGGAGGAAACUUGAAGAUUGUCUCCUUAGGUGAUCUUAUUUGCUCUCAAGAUUUCAACUUGGACCUUACAAUUUAAUUAAACUCAGCCCUACCAACUUUAAGCACCUGUUCUUUGCAUAACAAAACAAAGUUUACAUAAAGUUCUUAACCUCAUAGAAGGUUAGUGCCCUAUGAAUGACUACACAAAUUAUAGCCCAAACCUCUCCCCCAAAUUCCAGAUGGGGGGGGGUUGCCUCUAAAUACCGAUUGCAUAUUUUAUUGGGUUAUACUACAUUUACUUAAAAAUCAACGUAUCUAAAAUUAAACACUUCUUCUUUCCCCUCUCCAGCUCCUGAUUUCCCUAUUUCUGUCUAUCCCUAUGGUACUAUCUUUUCUCCUAGGCAAACAGUCAUCUAUAAAUCCUCUCUUUCCAUUGACCUCCACAACUAAUAAGCAAUCAAAUUCUAGCAAUCCUUCUUUUACAAGUUUUCUCAUAUUGAAUACAGUUUAAUUCUGAUGGAACCCCAGAGGUAUGUUAUUGGGCAUACAGGGGGAAGAAGACUAUGUCUUCUCCCUCUUUCCACUAAUGUUAUUAACUUACUGAACUUUCAAUCAGCUUGGAGCCAGUGAGUGAACAUCUUAAUUGGUGUUCUAUAUUCAUUCUCUAGUCAGACACUGACUGACAGCUCGGUCAGAAAAUGAAAGGUGAAGCAAGAACACUGGAAAAUGUAGGACUCUAAUUCAAUACAAAAAAGUUUUAAAGUAUGAAGAUUAAAAGUGUUUACUAUUGCUCUGAAAUUACUGAACUAGUAAAGUUCUAAACUGUAUUAUUAUGUAAAUCAGUUGAGUCAGAUUAGAACAUGUGAC